AAUCCUGAAGGGAGAAAGACCGCGGUGAGGGGAAGCGGUUGCGCUCGUCCGUCCGGCCUCUAGUUUCCCCUCCCCCCUCAGCUUCGGCUUCUUCGCGAGGCGCGGGCCCGCUCUCCGCCGGCCAUGGCGAUGGACACCAGCGGCAAGGAGAAGGAGGCGCUGCAGCUGCUCGCCGAGGCGGACAAGAAGAUCCGCGGCUCCCACGGCUUCUUCUCGGGGCUCUUCGGAGGUGGCUCCUCCAGGAUUGAAGAAGCCUGCGAUAUCUAUGCCAGAGCAGCUAAUAUGUUCAAAAUGGCCAAGAACUGGAGUGCUGCUGGGAACGCAUUCUGUCAGGCGGCUCAGCUCCACCUCCAGCUUCAGAACAAGCAUGACGCAGCCAUGAGCUUUGUGGACGCCGGCAAUGCUUUCAAAAAGGCUGAUCCUCAAGAGGCCAUUAAUUGUCUCCUCAGAGCUAUUGAGAUCUACACAGACAUGGGCCGUUUCACCAUUGCAGCCAAGCACCAUAUAACCAUAGCUGAGAUCUACGAGACUGAGCUGGUGGACAUUGAAAAGGCAAUUGCUCAUUACGAACAAGCUGCAGAUUACUAUAAAGGUGAAGAAUCAAACAGCUCUGCCAACAAAUGUUUGCUGAAAGUGGCUACCUAUGCAGCUCAGCUGGAGCAGUACCAGAAAGCUAUUGAAAUCUAUGAGCAGGUUGGAACCAGUGCCAUGGAUAGUCCCUUGCUGAAAUACAGCGCGAAGGAAUACUUCUUCAAAGCGGCCCUCUGUCAUUUCUGCAUUGACAUGCUCAAUGCCAAGCUGGCUAUACAGAAGUACGAAGAAAUGUUCCCUGCUUUCUCAGAUUCCAGAGAAUGCAAACUGGUUAAAAAAUUGCUGGAUGCUCAUGAGGAACAGAAUAUUGACAGUUACACUGAAUCAGUGAAGGAAUACGACUCAAUCUCUCGCCUGGACCAAUGGCUGACCACCAUGCUUCUGCGCAUCAAGAAAACCAUACAGGGUGAAGAGGAAGACCUGCGUUAAAAAAACAAACCAACCCCUCUUGCCCUCCGUCUUCAGGCCCGUUAUUUGCAGAACUCUGCCUGGAUCACCUCUGGGGGAAAAAAAAAAGAGGGUCUUGGCACGAAGGAAUUAGACUCAAGUGGCAAAUUCUUCAUUUUCCCUUCCUUUCUCAUCCCGCCUUUUUGCGCUGCAGUGAACAGGGCUGGGAUACGUCACCUGUGGACUACUCCGGAGAGACUUGAAGUCCUCCAAGCCUCGCUUCCUGAGUCAGCAUUUACAUCCUCCUCCCCAUGGUUUCGCUGAUGGUUUAAUAUUUAAAGCAUCUUUUUUUAAGUUUGGUUUUUGUUGAUGGUGCCAUUCUCUUUUCCUUCUACCCAAAAUCUUAAUGGAAACUGAUUCGGAGAACGGCUUCUUCUUCACCGCAGAAAGAACAGCUUUUGAUAUUUGUGGCUUCAUCUCAUUCCCCCCCCCCCCUCCCCUUUUGGCCGCAGCAGUUCCAGGCAUUGCAAGGCUAGAUUCCUUGAGUUUUGGUCAACCCUUCUCCUUCCAAAAUUAAUAUUUUAAAGGUGGGCAGAAUGGCGCUGAUCUCUAAAUGAAGGAGCCGGGCUUGCGAAGCAUCUCUCACCUGCCUUGUUUCAAACAAGGCAGGAAAACCCAGAAAACCCCCCCCCCCCUCACAAAUGCUGUCCUUGAGCUGUACGGAAUAAUCCUGCUUCAUUCCAUGUUUCUUUCUUGCACCCUGAAUGAUCUUGAAUUUAUGUGUAUGAACUCAGUUUAUCCCUUCAGAGCAGGAGUGCCCAACCUUGGCAACUUUUAUGACUUGUGGAGUUUUAAUUCCCAGAAUUCCCCAGCCAGCCAGAAGUCCACAGGUCUUAAAAGUUGCCAAGAUUGGACACCCCGCCUUUAGAGAUUGGUGCAGAAGUCUGGCGUUGUAUAUCCAUGUCAAGAGCGAUAUAGGAUAUCCAGUCUCCUCUCCCUCCUUGGCAAGAGGCAAAUCAAUCUUGAACUAUGCAGCAGGUAGCCAAAAAAACCCUCCUAAUUUAAAACUUAGAAGCGCUGUGUGCAAAGCUGUCUUGAGCGCUCGUCUCGCAUGGUUUCCUCUCCCUUCUGGCUUAGUUUGAAAAGAGCAUUUCUCCAGCCAAGUGUUCUGUAUACAUUGUCAUAAAAGCUGCCGUAUUUUUUUUCCUCCCCAUGUCUUUGCUUUUAAGAGAAAGUGCUUUAUCAUGUAAUCUAGCAUCUUCAUGAAGGUUUCUCAUAUUUAAUGUUUCCUUAACUCCGUUGUUGGAAGGCGGACUUAAAUUCUG